UACAGCUUGGCUAGUUUACCGACUUUUUGAAAGACUUAUUUUAAUAUAUUUUACAUUCAUGUUUAAUUUCUGAAUAUUUGUAUCCGACUCGUAAUUUUAAUAAGUUUAAAAUUAAUUUAAGAUAUCUAAUUAUGUUAAACACAGACAAUGAAAAUGAAAAUAAAACACUAAUGACGGGCACUAUGAAAACUCAAAAACAUAAUCUCCGUACACGGUUUUCCCAUAAAAUACUCAUCGCUAUUGUUACAUACUAAGAAACACCAUGUUUAUUAAACAAGUAAUUAUUCACGGUUUCAAGAGUUACCGUGAACAAACAGUUGUUGAACCAUUUGACAAGAGACACAAUGUUGUAGUUGGUCGUAAUGGCUCUGGAAAAAGUAAUUUUUUUUAUGCUAUUCAAUUUGUGCUUAGCGAUGAGUUUUCUCAUCUUCGUCCAGAACAACGUCAAGCAUUGUUACAUGAAGGUACUGGACCUAAAGUCAAUUCUGCUUAUGUAGAGAUCAUUUUUGACAAUACAGACAAUCGACUUCCAAUUGAUAAAGAAGAGGUAGUWUUAAGAAGGGUUAUUGGUGUUAAGAAAGACCAAUAUUUCCUAAAUAAAAAAAUGGUACCAAGAAGUGAUGUUACUAAUUUAUUGGAAUCUGCUGGAUUUUCUCAUUCAAAUCCUUAUUAUAUUGUGAAGCAAGGUAAAAUCAAUCAAAUGGCAACAUCCCCUGAUUCACAUAGACUCAAGUUAUUGAGAGAAGUAGCUGGCACUCGUGUGUAUGAUGAACGGAAAGAAGAAUCAAUUGAGAUAUUAAAAGACACUCAGACAAAAUUAGAUAAAAUAGUAGAAUUCAUAAAAACUAUUGAAGAUCGUUUAAGUACGUUGGAGGAGGAAAAGGAAGAGUUAAAAGAAUAUCAAGUAUGGGAUAAAAAAAGAAGAACUUUAGAAUAUUGUAUUCACGAUAGAGAACUUAAAGAAACUCAAAGGAAAUUAGAAGAAUUAGACAGCCGAAUGAGUAAUGUUGACGAAGAACAAAAACGUCUUACUGCCAAAGUAAAAGAAGCAGCUCAUGAAGCUAAAAAAUCAACCAAACACUUACGUGAUGCCAAACGCUUAGUACAUAGUGUUAAAGAAGAUAAAGAUACUUUAAAUUUAGAACAACAAGAAUUGAUAAAGCAAAAAACCAAAUUAGAUUUUACAAUUAAAGAUCUUACUGAUGAAGUGCAAGGUGAUAAUAAUUCUAGAGAAAGGGCUGUCAGAGAGUUAGAAAAAUUACAAGAAACUAUUAAAACAAAAGAAGCAGACUUGCAAGAAAUAAAACCCAAAUAUGAAGCUCAAAAGAAAAAAGAAGAAAGUUGUACUAGAGAACUUGCACUUAAAGAACAGAAGCGUAAGGAAUUAUAUGCUAAACAGGGACGUGGAAGUCAAUUUGCAUCCAAGGAAGACAGGGACCAAUGGAUUCAAAAAGAAUUAAAAUCUUUAACUAAGCAAAUUAAAGAUAAAACUGACCAUAAAGAAAAAUUAACUGAAGAUUUAAAAAAAGAUGCAGAGCGUUUAUUAGAACUUGAAAAUUUGGUACAUAGUAAUUCAACUGAAUUAGAAAAACAAAGAACAGCAAUCGAUGAGUAUAAUAAACGAUACUAUGAAUUGAAAAAAAAUAAGGACCAAUACCAAAGUCAAAGAAAUGAAUUAUGGCGUAAAGAAAGUUCUUUACAACAAACUUAUUCUACAUUAAAAGACGAAUUAGCUAAAGCUGACCAGUUACUUCGAAGUAUGGCUGGUAAAGCAAUUUUAAAUGGAAGAGAUAGUGUGCGUAAAGUUUUAGAAAUUUUUAAGGAACGUGGAGGAUCUCAAGCCAAUCUUGCUAAGCAAUACUAUGGCCAAGUAAUUGAAAACUUUGAUUGUGAUGAAAGCAUACAGACAGCUGUUGAAGUGACUGCUGGUGGAAGAAUGUUUUUCCAUAUUGUUGAUUCUGAUAAGAUUGGAACACAAAUUUUGAAAGAAAUAAAUAAUCAGAAUUUGCCUGGUGAAGUAACAUUUAUGCCACUUAAUAGGUUAACUGCGAGGACAAUAAAAUAUCCACAAUCCAAAGAUGCAAUUCCAAUGGUAAACAAAUUAAAUUAUGAAUCUCAUUUAGAUAAAGCUAUGAGAUUUAUUUUUGGGAAGACUUUGAUAUGUCGAAAUUUAGAAAUAGCUACGAGUAUAUCGAAGCAAAGUAUGCUAGAUUGUAUUACGAUUGAUGGAGAUCAAGUAUCAUCAAGUGGUACGCUUACUGGAGGUUAUUUUAAAAAUGUCCGUUCUAAAUUAGAAAUCCAAAAGCAACGUAAUGAACUAAUGACCCAAAUAAAAGAUUCUGAAGAACAGUUGACUGUACUUAGAACACAGUUAAAUGAUGUUGAAGGGAAUGUUAAUGUGGUCAUGGCCGAUAUGCAAAAAACUGAAACCAAGAACAGUAAAGCUAAAGGAAAUUUUGACAAAUUAAAAGGAGAUAUCAGGCUUAUUAAAGAAGAAAUGGUUGGAAUUGAAAGAUAUAGGGUGACAAAAGAAAGAUUACUUGUAACUGCCUCCUCAAAUUUAGAAGCAAUGCAAACUACAAGAUCAGGUCUUGAAUCUGAACUACAUCAAGAACUUAUGGCACAAUUAUCUGUGACUGAUCAAAAGGAAAUGGAUAAACUUAAUAAUGACAUAAAACAAUUGACUCAAGAGAAUAAAAUUGCAUUUUCAAUGCGUAUGAAAUUAGAAGCAGACAAGAACAAAUUAGAAAAUCUAUUAACUAAUAAUUUGAUUCGUCGUAGAGAUACAUUGUUACAGGCAUUACAAGAAAUAUCUGUUGAAGAACGAAAACGUACUUUAGAAAGUAGUAGGUUAGAAUUGAAUGCUAUAGAAAAAAAAUUAGACACUAUUAAUGUAGAUAUGAAAAACAUUGAUACCAAAGUCCACGAAGCGGUUAAGAGGCAAAAGAAAUGCCAAGAAGAAUUAGACAAAUGGAAAACUCAAGAAAAAGAUGCUCAGGAUAAACUUGAAAACGAAUCUAAAGAUCUUUGUAAAGUAACCUCUAAGCAAGAAAUGUUACGUAAAAAAUUAGAAGAGUCUGAAACUAAAAUCAACGAUCUUGGAGCUCUACCCAAUACAGAUCUAGUUACUAAAUAUAUGUCCUAUUCUUCAAAAAAUUUAUUUAAAGAGUUAGAAAAAGCUAAUAGUCACUUAAAGCGAUUUAGCCAUGUCAAUAAAAAAGCAUUGGAUCAAUUUAUAAAUUUUUCAGAACAAAAGGAAAAACUUGUUUCAAGAAAACAAGAACUUGACCGUGGUUAUGAAAAAAUAGAACAACUUAUGAAUGUCUUAGAACAACGAAAAUGUGAUGCAAUACAAUCAACAUUUAAGCAAGUAUCCAAGUAUUUUUCUUAUGUAUUUUCCAAACUUGUUCCUGCUGGUCAUGCAAAACUAGUCAUGAAAACUGUAGGAGGUGAAGAGUCAACAACAAUUAAUAUGCGAGACGAGACUAGUGUUGGUAACUACUCUGGUGUCAUGAUCAAAGUGUCUUUUGUUGGACAAGGAGGUGAAAUGCGGGAAAUGAAUCAACUAUCAGGGGGUCAAAAAUCUCUUGUAGCGUUAGGUUUAAUAUUUGCUAUUCAAAAGUGUGACCCUGCCCCGUUCUACUUGUUUGAUGAAAUCGAUCAAGCGCUAGAUCCUCAACAUAGGAAAUCAGUUGCUGAUAUGAUACAUGAAAUGUCUUCAGAAGCACAGUUCAUUACUACAACGUUUAGACCAGAGUUGCUGCAACAUGCGCAUAAGUUUUAUGGUGUUAAGUUCCGUAAUAAAGUAAGCCAUGUGGAAUGUGUUACCAGGGAGGAUGCACACGAUUUUGUGGAAGAUGAUACAACUCAUGGGUAAUAGAUUAUUAUUAUGUACACUUUAUCCCUAAGGUUUAAAUUGUGUGAAAAAAAUGUAUCAUUUAAUCCAGUCGUUUAAAUUAUA